AGUUUUCUUAGCACGGUCAGUCGCCGAUUUUGUUUUUUGUUUUUUUGCAAUGUUUGCCUCGCACAACAAUUAACAACGCCAGUGGCACAAUCGGGACGUGCAAUUGUUUAAUUACUACUCGAAUGUCUAGCCAACGGCAGACUGUACCCAAAACAACAGAUGUAAUGCAAGUUUAUUCAAGUGCAGACCGAUUAUCCGCACCCCUUGGUCGCCAUCUCGCUCGCUCUUAUUGUACUGUCGUCGUGUGCACUUUGUGUGAAUUACAGCACAAAUAAGUCGAUCUCAAUGUUUUUAAAUGUAACGCCUGCCGACGCAUCAAGUUGCAAAAGCAAUAGAAAAUAUAUAUAGACUGUCAUUUAGGGCCACACCUACAAGACGCACGCUUAUCUCAACCGCACCAGUAACACCCUAGAAUCGAAGCAAUAGGUAACCCCCCGCACUCUGAGUUUCGGACUAUCCUCAGUUGUCCUGGCAACGGAGGAAUUAAGGACAUGCGAAGAGCAUUUCCAUACGCAGUGUGGCCUACGUUAUCUCUAUAAGAUGUCCUUGGCUGUAUCGCUGCGCCGAGCUCUUUUGGUGCUACUUUCCGGCGCCAUCUUCAUCCUGACGGUGCUCUACUGGAACCAAGGAGCCACCAAGGCCCAAGCUUACAACGAGGCACUAGAACGACCCCACAGCCAUCAUGAUGCCAGUGCCUUUCCCAUACCCGUCGAGAAGUCCUGGACUUACAAGUGCGAGGAUAAGCGAUGUAUACGGGUGGGCCAUCAUGGUAAAUCCGCCAAGCGGGUUUCCUUCAUCAGCUGUUCGAUGACUUGCGGUGACGUUAACAUUUGGCCCCAUCCCACCCACAAAUUUGUGCUCAGCUCCUAUACGCACAGUUUCUCCGUGGAGGAUGUACAGCUGCAGGUGGAAACCUCCCAUCGCGAAGUUCGCAAGCAGAUCCAGUUGGCCUUCGACUGGUUCCUAAAAGACUUGCGGCAAAUCCAGCGACUGGACUACGUUGGUAGUUCUUCAGAGGCAACUGUUAGCGAAUCUUCAUCAAAGUCUCGCCGUCACGCGGAUGUGGAACCAGCAGCCACGCUGUUUGGAGCCACCUUUGGCGUUAAGCAGGCAGGGGAUCUGAACAGCGUACAAGUUAAGAUCAACGUGCAGAAGUCAGGAGACCUUAAUUUUAGCCUAGACAACGAUGAAACCUAUCAGCUGAGCUCUCUAACCGAUGGACACCGCCUUCAAGUGGAGAUCACUGCAAACUCGUACUUUGGAGCCCGCCAUGGACUAUCCACGCUUCAGCAACUGAUCUGGUUUGAUGAUGAGGAUCAUCUGCUGCACACAUACGCCAACAGCAAGAUUAAGGAUGCCCCUAAGUUCCGGUAUCGUGGCCUGAUGCUGGACACCUCCCGGCACUUCUUCUCGGUGGAGUCCAUUAAACGAACGAUUAUGGCUAUGGGUUUGGCCAAGCUGAACCGCUUCCACUGGCACCUUACGGAUGCUCAGAGUUUUCCUUACAUUUCACGGUACUAUCCGGAGCUGGCAGAGCAUGGAGCUUACUCAGAAAGCGAAACAUACACGGAGCAAGAUGUACGCGAAGUGGCCGAGUUUGCCAAGAUCUAUGGCGUCCAGGUCAUACCCGAAAUUGAUGCCCCAGCCCAUGCGGGCAACGGAUGGGACUGGGGACCGAAGCGCGGAAUGGGCGAACUGGCCAUGUGCAUCAACCAGCAGCCGUGGAGCUUUUACUGCGGCGAACCGCCAUGCGGUCAACUGAAUCCGAAGAACAACCACACCUACCUCAUUCUGCAGCGCCUUUACGAGGAGCUGCUGCAACACACGGGGCCCACGGACCUCUUCCACUUGGGCGGCGACGAGGUCAAUCUCGACUGCUGGGCGCAGUAUUUCAACGACACAGAUUUACGCGGCUUGUGGUGCGAUUUCAUGCUGCAGGCGAUGGCCAGACUAAAGCUGGCCAACAAUGGAGUGGCGCCGAAGUACGUGGCUGUAUGGUCAAGCGCCCUGACCAAUACCAAGUGUCUUCCAAACAGUCAAUUCACCGUUCAGGUGUGGGGCGGUAGCACCUGGCAGGAGAACUACGACUUGCUGGAUAACGGCUACAACGUGAUCUUCUCGCACGUGGACGCUUGGUAUCUGGACUGCGGAUUUGGCAGUUGGCGGGCCACCGGAGAGGCUGCCUGUGCUCCGUACCGCACUUGGCAGAAUGUCUAUAAGCACCGACCUUGGGAGCGGAUGCGAUUGGACAAAAAACGCAGGAAGCAGGUGCUGGGAGGUGAGGCGUGCAUGUGGACUGAGCAGGUGGAUGAGAAUCAGCUGGACAAUCGGCUGUGGCCACGUUCCGCCGCUUUGGCUGAACGGUUGUGGACCGAUCCUAGUGAUGAUCACGAUAUGGAUAUAGUGCCGCGAGAUGUGUUCCGUAGAAUCUCAAUGUUCCGAAAUCGCCUCGUCGAACUGGGCAUUAGGGCAGAGGCCCUGUUUCCCAAAUACUGUGCCCAGAAUCCCGGCGAAUGCAUUUGAUAUUACCUCUAAGAAGUAAAAUGAAACCUCCUAAAGCCCCAAUCCCGCGACCCCUCCCAAAAUGUGCGUUAGUUAGUUGAUAGUCUAAUUGUUAUUUUAUACGGAUACCUAGGCUUCGAUUCGCAAGAAAGCAGGCGACUGUUUGAAAUGGUUUCUGGCAUAAACCAUUACUCGAAUUUCGUUUUCAUAGAAAAAAAAACAUAAAACCACACACACCCAUUUCUAGUACAAUCCAUCUUGAAAUAUAGCGCACAGAGACAUUGCAGUUGGAACGUAGAACGGUGGGAUGUAGGUAGAAAUGACCUGGUAGGGAAUCAAGUUGAGGUUGACAUGCAGGUGACGUUGAACAUUAGAGUUCAUAGUUUUAGUUGUAGAUUUCAUAUGCAUCAAUUCACAUACACAGACAUAGGCUUAUGAUAAAUAUAUAUAUAUACAUUAAUAGGUAGCUUUAGAUGAUAAAUCACAAUUAAAAAUUACGAACUUUUUGAUAUUUUUAAAAGCUUUAUUCGCAGAAUAUUAAUUAUUAAGUUUAAGGUGACAUCAAAUGAUCUUUUUCACUAUUAAUUUUCAUUUCUCUUUGUUUUAGUUUUGCUUUAAUUUCGCGUUGCCUUAAGUUAAAAUACAUUAAAUUACAUUUUCAGUGAUAUAAACAAUGUGACCUUAAAAAUCAGAAACAGAAAAACAAAAACUGCUAAAAGAGUAAAACUUAGAAUUAACAUUAACAAUUAAUCGUUACGAACAAUUUUUGCACGCAUUGGCACACAACUGACACUCGACUAGUAAAUUAGUAGCUAAUUUAGUAUAUACAUACACUAAAACGGGGGAAAAUUGUUGGGGUAUUCACAGUUUGUUUCGUUCAAUAUUUCUACAUUUGGAAUGAUUGAUAAGGAUCCCUAUGUUAGCAAUUUGUUUUCGUACUUAAGAUUUUGCAACAAAAUAUCAAACAAAAAAAAACGAAAAAACCUGAAUCCUGAACAUACAUUAGUUUAACAAUUUCUGCUGUAACUCCAAGUCACUCUCGAAAAUAAACUACAAGUCCAGUCUAA